UUUAGAUAUUUGCCAUAACUUUCUUACCAUAUUUGAUUUUCUUAUUUGUUGAAGAAAAGAGCAAUAUAAUUACCUAUAUUGGGUUUUACUUUUUGUAUGAAGAAAAUUGUAAUUCUUCUAUACUUGGCUAGUCCUUUUUCUUGUAGGAAAAAGUUUGUAUUUUUAUAAAUUGAAGAUUCUUCCUUUUCAUUCAACAACAUCCACAAUGUAGGGUUUGAGAGUCGUAUUUAGGGGGAGAACUUUACGGGAAAAGUGUUAGUGUGUCACUUGUGUUUCUCUCUUCGUGAGUUUGUUCUCUCGAUAUUUUGUACUCUCUUUUUAUAUAGUGGAAUGCUCAUCUCCGCUGUGGAGCUCAUAUGUAGCACCGGGAGAGACGACGCAAGUAGCUCAAUUACUCUGUGUGGUUUAGCUUUAAUCAACGAAACAUGUCUUCUCUUGUGAUAAAAUUGACAGAAAUGGCUGUUAAAGAAUCAGAACUAAUUACAGGAAUAGAGGAGGAGGUGGAAUGGAUAGAAAGGGAACUCAGACUAAUGGAAACUGUUCUGGAAUCUGUUCGGGCCAGGGACGAACAGGACCCUUGUGCUAUAGAGUGGGAAAAGGAGACUGAAGAAGUGGCUCGGAGAGCUGAGGAUCUAAUCGCAACUUACACAAAGAGAUUUCAAAAACAAGGCACAAUAGACUUGAGAAGAAAGUACAGACUGGCCAUAGAGCUAAAAGAGCUCAUGACUCAGAUCCAUAGUGUUUCUGAGAAGGGGAAGAAGAUUAUUAUCGGAAAUAGUGCUGAUAAGGAUCAGGAUGGACAAAUCACGGUCGAAACGGCAACGCGCAGACCCAACAACACUGUCUCUUCCGCUAUGGAGCAGCUCAAUACUGUAUUGAGUCAAAAAUGGCUUCUUGAUGCAAGAGAUCUUAAGGUGGUUAAGUCCGUGAGAGAUGAACUAACUCCUUUGCAGGAUAUUCUAGAUGAAGUGGAAGGGUUAGAAGAUCAACAGUUAUACCAAGUUUGGGUGCACCAGAUAGAAGGUGUUUUUCAGUUGGUUUAUGAUACCUUUGCAUCCCGGGUACAUGACGGCGUGAAACAGGGCAAUGGUUUUAGAUCUCUUAUUGCACCAUUAUAUUCGCUUUACAACGUACCUCGGCUUGAUCAGAAAAUUCUGAAGAUCAGGAAGCAAAUCUCUGAAAUAUGGAGAAGAUACCAUACAUAUGAAAUUGGUGAAUUAAGAGGAAGAGAGACAUGGAGGAGGGUGGUUGUCCCCAAACCAAUAAGUCCGGAUAUGUAUACCUCAGUGUCUGCAGUUUCCUCAACCAAAGAUAUAACAGAGUGGCUUAAAGUGGAGAUGGAGCUAAUGAAGUAUUUCAUUGAACAUGCCCAAAUUAGAGAAGAUUCAGACGAGAGAAAUAAGGUUUGGUUCCGGCAGAUGGAAGAAAUCUAUCCUGAUCUUGAGGCCAAGGCUGUUUUUGCACAAGGAAUCAUAGAAGAAAGGGGUUAUUUAUUCAAUCCACUGAGUUUGAUUAGGUUUGAAAAUAGAGUUAAGAAAAUACAAAAACAGAUUUAUUACAUGUCGAACAGGAAAAUAGCAUACGAUAUCAGCAGCAUCACGCAACAAGCAGCUAGUACUGUUAUCCCGCAACCACCACCCCUGGACAUACUUUCAGGAGAUGAUGAAGAGCGCACCUUGAGAGAAUCAAAUCCAAGGCAGCGCCAGCGGUGGUCGCUGUUUUGUUUAACAGGGAGAAGAUUAAUUAUUAGGUGCUCUAGAUUUAGGCUUUCUGAAUCAGAGCGCACCUUCUUUAGAGAAUGGUGGUUGUGGUUUUUCCCAUUCAGCAUUCCCAUUUGGCUAUAUUUUAUCAUCUUUAGAAGUAUUUUUUCUACAAUUGGCAACACUCCAGACCUUCGGCAUUCAGUUGAAAGAGAGUUGCAGCUAAUGGAUGCGUUGCUAAAAGAUAUUCGGACAAUGAUGGAGCUGGAUGCAAGGCUAAAUAUUUGGGCGGAGGAAGUGCAAGCUGUCGUCGAAGAAGCACGUCAUGUUUUAGAGCAGGGAGCUGGUCCCGCCAUUCUCCUCAAUAAAAGGUACGGUUUUGCAAAGAAGCUUUCGUGGAUCAUGAAUCGGAUUGACCAGGUCCAUGAAUGGAAGAUGACAUAUGACAUAACCAUCAAAGGAAGAAAAGGCUCAGGUGCUGUCAUCCAGAGUAUUGAAGAGCGAGAACCAUACCCUUCUGGUUUUCUCUCAACCAAAAUUCAAUCAAUCAAAAGAGAGAUGAAUCUGAUGCAAGCUUUGAUGGAAGAUGUUAAGAUGAUGGAUAGAGUUGAUGCUAAAGUGCAAGUUUGGGUGGAAGAAAUUAGCGGCAUUGCUUUAGAAAUCAAGAAUUUGAUUGAUUUGUACUGCAAAGGAAAUAAGCUGGUCAUUUCAUUUAUCGAUGCAUUUAACGUGCCAUAUCCAAAGUGGAUAGCGCAUGUUAAUCGACUGAAGAAAAAGAUUCAGAGGCUCCAUAAUAGAAGGCUCGACUAUGGAAUUGAACAUAUUGCUGGAACUCCUCCUUACUUUGUUGAGAAAAUAAAGGCAAGGCUGCUUAUCAACUGCCAAGACCUCUGCAUCUUUCCAAUUUUAGAUGUAAAGGAUAAUGAUAAGGCAAAACUUCAACAACUACUCAAUGACGAUUACACCAUCAUCUGUCAUUUUGAUGUUCGCGUGUAUAUAAGGAUGCCUCAGGAAUUAAAUGUCAUUGCUAUCCUGAAAGAAAUGGCAAAUCAAGUUCUCGAGCAAUUACAGCCAGCGGAACAUAAUGAUGAUCAGGGCAGUAUAGUUGAAGAUCAAGAAGGAAUAUCAUGGUCUGUGCCCAAACUGCAAGAUGCUUUACGCAAAGACAAAUGGUCAAGUCAUGAGGGAAUAGCUCAAGCACUUAAAGAACUUUUAUACCCCAUAAGAUACCUCGUUGUCUUCCAUGAUAUUCAGAUCAUUCGUGGAAUCUGGAGUGACCUUCGACAAGCUUUUCCAAACGCUUCCAGUGGCAGUCGUGUUGUACUUUUCACUGCACAUGAAGCAGUUGAGAACACCUCGGAGCUUCUUAGCCUCUGUCAGAACUCAGAGCUGAAUGAUAUGACCGAUGCAAGGAACGAGGAGAUAGAUGAAAUUAGCAACUUCCAAAUACAAGCACCUAUCAGAGUAAGAGAGACUCCAGCAGAGAAAAGAGUUUUGUCAGAGUGGGAGAAGGUAGUAGAACGGCUAAACCGUAAAACACCUCAUUUAGAAUCUGCAGAUGUGAUUUAUGGAAAGGUCCCUGGGUACCUGAGGCAAUGCCUAUAUUACUUCCUACUAUUUCCAAAAGAUUUUAAAAUCCCUGCCAGGAGACUAAUCGCGCUGUGGGUGGCAGAAGGCAUAGCGAAGCAAAAGAGGGGUGAAGAGAAAUCAGCUGAGGACAUUGCUGAAACCUAUCUGAAUGAACUGAUUGACCAAAAUGUGGUGCAAGCCACAAAGACAAAGCUCAAUGGAAAAGUAAAAGUGUGUCAGCUCCGCGAUGGCACACGAAAGUGGCUAGAAAAGGUUGUGGAGGCAAAUUUUUUCAAAGAUUCUGCAGGUAGGAUUUGUCGACUCGUUGAUCAUCUCCAUGAAGAUGACGUAACUCAUCGUCAAAUUCAUGGAAAUGAUCAUCCCAUUUCUUCAAAUUCAUUCCGGCGUCUAUAUGGAAAUGUCCUAUCUUUCUUGUCAUUUGAUACACAAGAAGGAAGUAAACCAGGAGAGAAUAUCGGAUGCUUCCUCAGUAAAUGCAUUUCAAAUCGGUGCUUUCGGUCCCUGAGGGUACUUGACCUGGAGAAAGUAUUCAGACCCCAGUUGCCAAGGGAACUAUCGGCACUCAGUUGCUUAAGAUAUCUAGGGCUAAGGUGGACUUACCUAGAAGAACUCCCGAGCAGCAUAAGCAAAAUGUUAAACCUCCAACUGCUGGAUUUGAAACACACCUACAUAAGCGCUCUGCCAGAAUCAAUAUGGAAAAUGCAUUAUCUUCGACAUUUAUACAUGAGUGAAACCUAUAGAAGCAAAUUCCCUAGUGUGCCAAAGCGAAUUGCUCUUAGUGAGUUGCAGACAUUGUGGGGUGCUUUCAUAGAUGAAGAUAGUCCAGUGCUAGAGGGGCUUAACACCCUGAAAGAAGUUAAAAAAUUGGGUUUGUCUUGUAGGGCCAUGACAUCUCAACAACUCAUGAAUUCACAACUGGAGGCUGUUGGUGACUGGAUUUUGGAACUGAAACAACUUGAAUCUUUAAGAUUGAAAUCCUUUGAUGAGCGCGGCAAUCCUUCCACUCUUUAUCUGAAACCAUUGUCAAGCCUCACAAGUCUUUCGACCAUCUAUUUACUCGGAAAGCUCAAGUAUCCAUCUGUUAUUUCUGGAUUUCCCACAAAUCUCAUCGACCUAACAUUGUCAGCUUCAGAAUUACAGGAUGACCCGAUGCCUGCAUUAGAGAACCUUCGGAAACUGAUCAUUCUAAGGUUUUAUUCUAAAUCUUCGACAUGUAAGAGCAUGAAUUGCUCUUCAGGUGGUUUUCCUGAGCUUCGGUUUCUUGAACUCUGGCUAUUAGAAGAACUUGAAACCAUGAAAAUUGUAAAAGGAGCAAUGCCUAAUCUCGAAAGCUUGGAAAUCAGAUCAUGCACAAGAUUAGAAAUGCUUCCUUCUCAGUUGCAACAUAUGCCAGCUCUCAAGAGGUUGAAGUUGUCACCACAGGAAUUCCAAAAUAAGAUCAAAGAAAAUCAAAGGCAGCUUUGGAGUAACCUUGAGCAUUUGGUGGAAGAUCCUUUCAAAUGAUUUCAUGCAUACUGCGUCCCUUCUCUGCCACUGCAAAAUUGUCACAGUUUGAAUAAUUUCUCUUCUGUAAUAGAGUUCUCCCUUUUCCCGUGUACAUUUUUCUUUCUUUCAUAUGAUUGGAAGUUACUAAGCAAAACCCAUUUUAUAAAGCCAAAUUUGUUCCGGGGAUUUGUUUGAAUCAAAGGGAUGCUUAUUUAUGGAUUCCUUUUUGUUGGUUAGAAACGCUCAAA